AUGGCGACGCUGGGCGCAGUGUUUGGGGCGUGCGGGAUCGCCGGCGGCUCCGACCGACCCAUAGUGUAUGUGUCCGAGGCAGACGGCAAUCCCGACGUCUACGCCAUAGAUGCCGAGACGGGUGAGUCCGAGCCGGUGAAACGAGGACCGGGGUCGGAGUUCGCCCCCUCGUGGUCUGGCGACGGGGAGCGCCUCGCCUACGUAGUGUCGUCAGAGGGCAACCGGGACGUCAUCAUCGUCGAAUACGACGGCGCGGGCGCGGAGCUUUCGGUUUCUCCCGACAACGACGACGGCGUAGGAAACGAAGGUUCACCGCUUUGGAACGCAGAUGGCGACAGGCUGGCGUACGUUUCGGAACGCAACGGACAAUCCGACGUCUACGUGUCCACCCUUGAUGAGGAUGGGCAGGGUGACAUAGUAACAACGCGUAUUACCUCUGAGGAAAGCCGGGAACUGCUGGGCGACUGGUCUCCGGACGGGCAGUGGCUGGUUUUCUCCCGCCAGGGAGGAGAUGACGAGGUACAGGGGUUGUGGCUGCGCAACCCCGCCGGUGUGAACCUGCUGCGGCUUACUGAUGGCGCCGACAGCGAUCCAGUCUGGUCCCCGGAUGGCGAUGCCAUCGCAUUUGUGAGGGACGACCUUGGGAACAAUGACAUCUACCUGCUCAAGCCGGAGGACGGCGAGGACUGGCGAGGCAAGGUGGUCGAGGAGCGCUGGCUGAACUCGCCGGAGGAAGACCACUCGCCGGCCUGGGCGCCGGACGGGGACAUCCUGGCGUUCGUCACCGACAGGGACGGCAAUCUGGAGAUCUACACCGCCGAUGCCAACGAGGAUGAACCACCGCAGCGGCUGACGAUCAACGAGGCCUCGGACACCCAGCCUGUCUGGUCGCCGGACGGUGACCGGAUCGCGUUCGUUACCGACCUCUUCGGCGAGACCGAGAUACUUGUGAUGGACGCCGACGGCACCAACCAGCAGCGCCUGACACACAACGACGCCAAGGACCACUCGCCUGACUGGUAG